AUGCUGCUGAUUGCCUUCACAUUGCUGUCUUCAGCGAACGCGUGGUGGGACCAUGGCCACAUGAUGGUGGCUGAAGUCGCCAGGCAGCAGCUGACGUCGCAGCAGCUGACCCACCUCGACGAAAUCUUGCAGGACUUUUCACUCGACUAUCCGGCAGCCUCCGACGUGGUCACGGCAGCACUCUGGCCAGACCUGAUCAAGUGCUCCGGCAGAUACUGCCGCACGGACGUGAUUGAUAACAUGCACAUCUUUGACAACUGGCACUUCAACGGAAGGCCGUACAAUCCCGACAACAUGAAGCUUCCAGCUGGCAGCAACAAUAAUUGGCAGAACAAUCCAUCUGCCCUGUACACGAUGACAUCUGGCUUCAUCUCUUUGGGCAGCUCCAACUCUCGCUUCACACAUAACUUCUUCAUUCGCUGGCUGCUGCAUGUUGUGGGCGACAUCCAUCAGCCGCUGCACAGUUGUGAUGGAUACUUUGACAACGACCGUCUUGGGCACUUCCCGUUCAGUGAUCUGGGCGGCAACAGGAUCCCAAUUGAAAGUCCGUGUGCGAACAACCUGCACGCCUACUGGGACUCUGGGGCUUGCAGCUACGUUGUCAACUGGUCGCCGCAGAUAGACGCUGUGCGCAAGCAGCUGACAGCAAAUGCAACUGCCCUGGUGGCCAAGUAUCCGAAAACGUCCCCUGCUUUCGCCGGCCGCUAUGUCGAGGAUGAGUUGCAUGACUGCUGGAAUGCUCUGCUGGCCGGACGUGCUGCCACUGUCAAGCCGUUCGACGUCUGCAAGCAAGUAUUCCUUUCGUGGUCUAACGACACGUUCAACAAUGGCGUUGAGCGAGCGUACGCUGGCAUUACACGAGAGUCACCCAUUCCGGAUGAUUAUGCAGCGUGGGUGAAGGAGUUUUCUGAGCAGCAGUUCGUUCUUGCAGGGUACCGCCUUGGAGGAGCUGGCCAUCUUCCGCGCACCUCUGCAAGCGCGUUCGAGGUUAACAAGUUGGAGAACUCACUCCGGUGUCGGCGCGAUGUGGUAACAUGCAACUCAGCACUUGGUACAUUAGAGAAGGCCUGCCAGUGGCAGCGUGCCGUCCAAGCCGUCGCGGACAUUCGAAAGCAUCGCCUAGAGCGCAACUUGAUCACUUUUUCGACCAUGGUCAGUUCGCACAGAGGACGUGGAUCUUGGCCAGAUGCUGUGCUGCUUCUGCGCGACAUUGAGAGCUGUCAACUAGAAGUGAAUUCAGUGACAUGCAAUGCUGUGGUUGCUGUUCUGGAGAGGACCUCACAGUGGUCACGGGCCGAAAGCUUGCUGUAUAAGAUGCAGGCCACACACACGCAGGCGACGAUUGUUACGCUCAACUCAUUGAUUAGCUCCUUUGGGAGGGCUGCAGAAAGUUCGAGAGCUUUGCUUCUGACGCAGAGUAUAAGUAAGCUGCACCUGCAGCCUACCAUUGUCACAUUCAGUGCGGCAGUUAGUGCGUGUGAAGCUGCCUCGGAUUGGAAGACUGGCCUGGAGAUGCUCAAUGCAGCCCACGGGGAGUGGCUGCAGUUGAAUGUCAUUCUUUACAGUGCCACCAUAAGUGCGUGUGGCAAGUCCGCAAUGUGGCUGCAUGCUUUGCAGCUGCUGCGGGAGAUGGAAGUCAUUAGUUUAGAGCCAAACACGAUCACUUACAGCUCGGCGAGUACAGCUUGUGAGAGAGCUGCUCAAUGGCAGCGUGCACUGCUGCUGCUCGACGAGAUGGAGCGCAUUCAGGUAGUGCCGGAUGUGAUCGUGUAUAAUGCUACAAUAAGUGCCUGUGAAAAAGUUGGACAUUGGCGAAUGGCCCUGUACCUAAUGAGCGAUGUGUUUUCACGCAAGCAGCUCUUGCCAAACACAGUGACGUACAACGCAGUAUUGGCGGCAUAUGAGAAAUCAAGCCGUUGGCAAACCUCCAUCUGGCAUCUGGACCAGAUGAAGCAACAGCAGCUUCAACUGGAUGUCAUCACAUACAAUUCAGUCAUCUCUGCCUGUGAAAAGAACUCUGAGUGGCAGUAUGCUGUGUACAUGUUGCGCCAGCUUUGCACAGUGCAUCUCGAUCCGCCAGUCGUUGCUGAGUGGUGUGACGAUGCGCUAUGGAAGCUCCUAGAUUCUGUCGGCCGAUUGCAGGACCUCGAGUGCUUUCCGAGGCCCGAAGAGUCAUGUGGUGAGCUCGACCUAGCUCGCCCACUUGGUGGCCCACUAUGGUGGAACUCCAUGCUAUGGACCAACUUUCCUCCUCUGGCGAUGUUCAGCAGCAAGGACUUCCAGGAGGGGAAGAGAUCUGAUUUCUUUGCGAGCUUGUCAGCGUUGAACACCGAUAGCAGGCUUAGCGAGCAGUACGUCACGUUCACGGCAGCUCGACAUGAUUUGUGCACGUCGCGGCCCGUUCCCGAGAAGAACUGCCGCCUAACCGUUGAGUGCAUGCAAUACGAGGGCGUUCGUGACUGUACGUGGAACUUUCCGCUGCAAGACUACAUCCCUAAGCGUGACAAUCACAAUGUGCCAGAUGUUCAGGCGCGCAGGUUCUGGGACAACAACGUUGUCCACAUGGGCCUCAACGCAGAGGAGUUCUCCGAAAAAGUGAUGCCGGUUGGCAACAUCGAGGCUGAGAUUCGCAUCGCGGACUUUGCCGGCAAUCCCACCUGGGGAUACUACCCAUGCGUCAUGCGCAUUGCCGGCUGGCCCUUCCGGCUGCGAAAAAUCGGGACCUUUGAAGGAUAUGGGAAGAAUGGACACCAUGAGCUGAACAUUGGUCUUCAUUACUUCGAGCAGGAUAAGCUUUGGAACUUGCUGGAAGGUCCCGCCAGCUUGGCCGCAACGGGGCCCGGGCAAACUAUGGCAAUCCAGGGAAACCAACGCCGCGGCUUCAAGUUCUAUGCAAUGCUCACCGACCUAGACUGGUUGGGGCCCAACCUGAACGGCAAGAAGCAUGACGACCCAGAGGUACCGCAGGAGAAGGGCUAUGUAUGGUUCACUGUAGAGGAAACCAUAGAGGCUCGCGCAACCUCCACCGCUUCAAUAGGAAAGGCUGUCCGUAUCAAGUUGCUGGACGAAGGCAUCAUUCCGGCAUGGCUCGAUCUGCACUACCUGCAGGUGUUUGCAGGUGGUGUCCCUCUGGGCUUUUUCAGCCAGGCAGAUGUGGACCCGGAGUCUGAGGGCACAGCUUUAGAAGACGGGCCGCAAAGCUACGUGGUCGGCGGAGGAACGCAAAGCCUCGGCAAGGUGCAGGUGCUUCGAACGUCUUCAUACCGGCGUGUGGUGGCACAAAACGCGUGCAGCCGCAUCGUCUUUAAGGACCCCUUGGAAGCCCAGGCCAAUGAUGUCGUGGAUAUGGGUUGGGCCAUCUUUGACUGCUGCUACAAAGGUGCGACCAUCCGCGUGGGGAAGCAUGCAGGAAAGUGGGCCGAAGAUGCAGGUGCAGACCGCGGAAUGGUGGAUUUCAAGGCCUCUGGACCACCGCCGCUGUGCCACGGAGAGUACAAGGACAAGGUGACAAUUCAGGCGCCCCGCUCUGAUUACCUCUUCGAGCGACGCUUAGUCAAGUGA